ACCGGAAUGGCCCGAGGAAAGGCCGUGAAGGGCAGGGCCCCAGAUGGUUCCUGUCGGGGAAGUGGGGGGCACAGCUGCAGGCCUCCGGCCCAUUAUCACAGGGACACAGCUGGCUGCCUCACCCGCAGGCUGCAGGGAGACCUUCCCCAGCCUGCAGCCCCAGGCCCGCCCCGCAUCACAUGAGCCUCACGGCUCCCACCCCCUCCCCAGGGCUGAGGACACCCGGUUGGCAGCCAGGAGGGCCUGGGCUUUCCAGCGGCAGAGGCCCAACUCCAGGACGCCCCAGCUGGCCCAGCCCCUCCUGUUUCCCUCAAGGCUGCAGGAGGUCGGGAAAGGCAUUCCCGGAAGAGGCCUGUCCUGGGCCCCAGGUUGGCCCCUGACGGUGGCCCUCCUCAUGCCGGCUUCGAGACUGAGGGACAGGGCAGCCGGUUCAGCCUCGGGAUCCACCCGUGGCUCCAUGUCCCAGCCGCACCCUGUGCUGGAGAGCGGCUUCCCAGCAUCUGCUGCCUGCUCAGCACCCCGGGGUCCCAGGAAGGGCGGCCCAGCCCCUGGGGACAGGAAGGCUAAGGCCUCAGCAAUGCCGGACUCCCCAGCGGAGGUGAAGACGCAGCCCCGGUCCACACCCCCCAGCAUGCCGCCCCCACCACCUGCCACGUCCCAGGGGGCCACACGCACCCCCUCCUUCACGCCACACACACAUGGAGAGGACGGGCCUGCGACGCUGCCCCACGGCCGUUUUCAUGGCUGCUUAAAAUGGUCUAUGGUCUGUCUCUUGAUGAACGGCAGCAGCCACUCGCCGACAGCCAUCAGCGGCGCACCGUCCACACCCAACGGCUUCAGCAAUGGCCCGGCCACCUCGUCCACGGCCUCCCUGUCCACACAGCACCUGCCCCCGGCCUGCGGGGCCCGGCAGCUCAGCAAACUCAAGCGCUUCCUCACCGCCCUGCAGCAGUUUGGCAGCGACAUCUCCCCAGAGAUCGGGGAGCGCGUGCGCACGCUGGUGCUGGGCCUGGUGAACUCGACGCUGACGAUCGAGGAGUUUCAUUCCAAGCUUCAGGAGGCCACCAACUUCCCUCUGCGGCCGUUUGUCAUUCCCUUCCUGAAGGCAAACCUGCCCUUGCUGCAGCGGGAGCUCCUGCACUGUGCACGCCUGGCCAAGCAGACGCCCGCCCAGUACCUGGCCCAGCAUGAGCAGCUCCUGCUGGACGCCAGCGCCUCCUCCCCCAUCGACUCCUCAGAGCUGCUGCUGGAAGUCAAUGAGAACGGCAAGAGGAGGACGCCCGACAGGACCAAAGAGAACGGGUUGGACCGUGACCCGCUGCACCCCGAGCACCUCAGCAAACGGCCAUGCACCCUGAACCCUGCCCAGCGCUAUAGCCCCAGCAACGGGCCCCCACAGCCCACACCACCACACUACCGCCUGGAGGACAUCGCCAUGGCCCACCACUUCCGAGACGCCUACCGCCAUGCGGACCCCCGGGAGCUGCGAGAGCGCCAUCGGCCACUUGUGGUGCCUGGGUCCCGGCAGGAAGAAGUGAUCGACCACAAGCUCACAGAGCGUGAGUGGGCAGAAGAGUGGAAGCACCUCAACAACCUCCUGAACUGCAUCAUGGACAUGGUGGAGAAGACACGGCGCUCGCUCACGGUGCUGCGCAGGUGCCAGGAGGCCGACCGCGAGGAGCUCAACCACUGGGCACGGCGCUGCAGCGACACGGAGGACACAAAGAAGGGCCCCAGUCCCGCCACGGCCCGGCCCCGCAGCAGCUCCGCCGGCCCUGAAGGGUCUCAGCCAGACGUGCCCCGGGAGUUCCUGCCAAGGACCCUCACCGGCUACAUGCCCGAGGACAUCUGGAGGAAGGCUGAAGAGGCCGUGAACGAGGUGAAGCGGCAGGCCAUGUCGGAGCUACAGAAAGCCGUGUCGGACGCGGAGCGCAAAGCGCACGAGCUCAUCUCCACGGAGCGUGCCAAGAUGGAGCGGGCCCUGGCCGAGGCGAAGCGGCAGGCCUCCGAGGACGCCCUGACGGUCGUCAACCAGCAGGAGGACUCCAGCGAGAGCUGCUGGAACUGUGGACGGAAAGCCAGUGAAACGUGCAGCGGCUGCAACGCGGCACGCUACUGCGGGUCCUUCUGCCAGCAUCGGGACUGGGAGAAGCACCACCACGUGUGUGGCCAGAGCCUGCAGGGCCCUGUGGCCGUGGUGGCUGACCCGGUGCCUGGACCGCCCGAAGCCGCCCACGGCCUGGGCCCCUCCCUGCCUGUGGGUGCUGCCAGCCCCAGCGAAGCCGGCUCUGCGGGGCCUUCUCGCCCCGGCUCCCCCAGCCCGCCUGGCCCGCUGGACGCCGUGCCCCGCUGACCCCACCAGCCCCCGGCCUGCUGGAUACAGCACCGUGCCAACCCCACCCAGCUCCAGGCCUGCCGGAUGCUGUGGCCUCUGACGCCCGGCCGGCCAGACGCUGUGCCCCGCCUGGCCUGGGGAAGCCGACCAAUUAGAGUCACUGCUGCUACUGCCCCUCUCCAAAAGAAGACACAGAACCAACAAAACCGCAUUCAAUGCACCUGCCUCAGCUACCUAAUGAUUCUGCGCGGAGACCUCUUGACAACCUCUCUUCAAGCAUCCUCAGAAGCCUCAAUGAGCUUUAGACAGCAGAGCGGAUGCCGCGGGCGCGGCACCUCUGCCCACCUCUCUCUCUUUUCCUCCCUCUCUGUCUCCCCCUCUCUGUCUUCUCUAUCCUCUCUCUCUCUCUCUAUGACUAUCACACACUUUCUCUUCAAUGAAAAAAUCUAAUUGGUGGCUUAUAUUUUCAGCAAAGAAUUUUGGGGGGUUUUGUUUGUUGGCAAAAGAGCUACUCAGAAAUGGACAAAGAAAACUCUGGGGGUUCUCCCCCUCCUGAUUAAAAAGGGAGAAAGAAAACUGUGAUUUUAUAGCCGGAGAUCUGAACCCAGCUGUGCCCCUCCCCCAGGGGCGUGAGGCUGAUUGGUGAAGACGGGAGGAAGGAUUUCAAUUUCUGACUCAAGAAGCAUUUUUGGUUUCAGAUUUUUUUUUUCCUGUAAUGUUAAACUCUUUGGCUUUAAGUAAAAAUCCAAAAAGUUUUUUUAAAAAAGCAAAGGAAGCAUACUUGUGAACUACCUUGCUAGCUAGCCAGCCAAGGAUACCGGACACACCUCUGCUCCAAAGGAAAUCCAAAAAAGCAAACACAAGAAAUCAAAAUCCAAAAUUUGUCACUGCCAAAGUAUGUUUUUCACUGUUUUACUUGCCCUUGGGUUUGUUUGGAUGUGGGUCUUUUUCUCUUCUGUCCUGGUUUUGUUUGUGGGUGUUGGGAUAUUGGGGUGCAGAGGGUUGGUGCCCAGUGGGUCUUUUUCUCUUCUGUCCUGGUUUUGUUUGUGGGUGUCGGGAUAUUAGGGUGCAGAGGGUUGGUGCCCGGUGGGUCUUUUUCUCUUCUGUCCUGGUUUUGUUUGUGGGUGUCGGGAUAUUGGGGUGCAGAGGGUUGGUGCCCAGUGAGAAACGAGUUUUGUUCCCUUCCGCGUAGGCGUUGGUGCGUCCGCCGCGUGUGCGCGGUCUGUGUGCCGUCGCCGCGGCCUGCGUCUCCAUGUGUGUAGGGAAGGACACGCCGUCUGUCCUCACGCCCCCUGUGACUUUUCAUACUUUGUUUUUCCACUUGUGGAAAAAAGUGCUAAAGUUUUCUUCCCAGCGAGAGCAUAAUUCCGAAACAAAACUGUGACAAUCUUUUGGGUUGAUUCUCGACUGCUUUUCAAGCACGCGGAGCCAGCAGGGCUCCCUGAAACACGGCUUCUCAGCCAGCCCGUCCUCCUCUACCUCUCUCCUCUCCACGCCCUCCAACCUCUCUCGGCCCCAUCGCCCCAACCCCAGCGUCUCACUGCAGCUACUCCCCUUUCUUCCAAACUUUUGCAGAAAAACAAAGCAAAAAAACUACAAACAAAAGCAGCCCUUUGCGUCCUCCCCAGGAAAGACCCUGACCAUGUACAUAACCCUGGUGCUCCUGCCCUGCCACCCCUCAGAUGCGUUUGCCUCUGGCCCUGGGGUGUGUCUCGGUGACAUUUUCUAUCAGAUAUGCUCCCUCCCACCUUCCAGCCCUGCCCAUCCUCCCUCCAUUCCUCUCAGCCCCCUCCGCGAUUUCAAGAAGGAAAUAAAGGGAUAAAGAAAUUCAUGCUUGCACUGAGUGCAAGGACAGACAACAGCAGGCGCGGCCCACGGCCUGGCAUCUGUGUGCGUGGCUAUCAGGAGUUCCAGGAACUCAGUGCAAUACCGGAGUGACCCAGCUACUGAAGCGGCCGUGAACGGCCCACGAGAGGCCCGAAGCCGAGAGUGUACGUUAAUGUGAAUGUAUAUAGUCUUUGCAGAGGUCCAAAUAAUAUUCAUGAUGGUAAUAAAGAAGAGAUGUUUGCCAAAUAAAAAAGAAAAAGUUAAGAGAAA